AUGGAACAUUCUUAUUUUGCCAUUGAUCUUUUAUUAUGGAAAAUAUUAAGCCUACUAUUACCAAUUUUCGGUAUACCUGGAAAUGUAUUAAUAAUUAUCAUCAUGUUAAAUAAAUUUAAUCGUAAACAUCCAAUAUCACUUUAUUUUGCUACUAUAGCUCUAUUUGAAAUAAUUUAUUUGACAGGUGUAUUCUGGGAUUGGUUAGAUGUCAUGUCAAUUGUACAGGAUCCCCGUAAAACAUUAAAUUGUUCAGGAUUUUAUGUCCUUGUUCUUGGUUCAGCCAUUAUAUCAUUUAUCUUAUUGGCUAAUAUAAAUAUUGACAGAGUUGGUAUGAUUUUAUUACCGUCCAAAAUUACUACAUGGAUAACACAUCGUAAAGUAACAUUGACCAUUAUUAUAACAAUUGCAUCUACGUAUUGUACAAUGAUUCAUUAUCAUUUUUCAUUGUAUUAUCAUUCUGGUUCAUCAGUACUCUAUGGUCAAGCUUGUGUCGUAAAACCAAAUGCUAGAAUUUGGUUUGAAGAAAUAUGGCCGAUACUUUAUUUAACAAUAUUUCGAGUUUUACCAUCGUUUAUUGUUUUAAUUUGUUCAACAAUCAUUUUAUGUAAUCGUUGUUCAAAGUUCACAACAACACGAACCACUAUUGAAAGAUCCCUCAAAGUGACUGGCUAUUUUAGCCGUCAAUCUGUUCGUAUGCAAACAUUAUCACUUAUUUUAGUUUUUUUUAGUUUCUAUUUUAUCAUCUCUAUUAUGCCCAUCACUAUUUUACAAUUUUACAAUAAAUAUCUUCGAUACGAAACAAGUUGCAUUAAACGUGGACGAUGGAAACUAAUGAAUACACUAUUUAUUAUGUUCGAAUCCACAAAUUAUACAAAUAAAUUUUAUGUCAAAUUACUUGUAUCAAAACAAUUUAGAAAAGAUGUCAAAACGUUUAUUUUGAUGCCGCUAUAUCGAAUGAAUAUCAUAGAAGGGAAUAUUCAUUUGUAUUCGAAACGCAGAGAUCGUAACUUUAAACGAUAA